CUGCCGUUCUAUUGAGAAUGUAACUACGUUCUUGCUACAUUCUUGAAGGCAACCAGAAGCGUUGCGACGGACGCUGGACUUGGCUUCCAAUCUUCUAGGGGUUGCGGCGAAAAUGCGCCAUGAUUGGUUGAAUUCUAAAUGGCCGUAUCUUAUCCCCCCGCAAUCGGACACGAUAGACGGGCACAACUGGUGGCAAUCCGACGGCAAGCUCGCCGCCAGUAAGUUGGACCCCGCGAUAAUGGACUUGGACUAUGCCCCAAUAUCGAUCUCUGGGGACGCAUACCGACGGGAGCCGCACGAACAAGUACCUUUUAGGUCAAUAAAUGCGCUCCCAGUGGACUUAUAAAUAAGUGCCUGGACACCCUUAACAUUCUACUCCACAGACUUUUCCUUCUCCUGCGUCUCUCUUCAUUGUCAGAUUCCUUGUAGAGAUCUACUAAUUAUGACUUCACCACAAUCACAAUCUUACCUUAUCGUUGGCGCUGGUGUUUUCGGCGUAUCGACAGCCUACGAGUUGAUUCGGAAGUAUCCACAUGCCUCUGUAACCAUUGUCGACAGAGAUGCUUGGGACGCAGAUACACGCGUGGCAGCAUCGUGGGACUGGAACAAAGUAGUCCGCGCCGAUUACGACGACAUAAUAUACUGCAAACUUGCACUCGAAGCCCAGGACAUCUUCGAAAACGACCCUCUGUACCAGCCGUUCUUUCACAAGACGGGCAUUUUCUGGAUCUGUCGGUCCGAUUAUGCAUCAGCGGUAGUCGACAACUACAAAAAGCUAGGCCGCAAAGCAGAACUUUCAGCUGUACCUGUCUCCGAAGCACGGAAGCUGUACGGUGGGCUUUUUGAGGAUGCUGACUACACCGGUGGAGUCCAGGAUGUUCUCGUGAACAAAACGAGUGGAUGGGCCAACGCCGGUGACGCACUCCGCGCUGUCACAAAAAGAUCAAUUGAACUAGGCGUUAAAUACGUCGUUGCCGAUAUUGAUUCACUCCAGUUUGAGGAAGGUGGUAGAUGUACCGGUGUCAAAACUACAAGGGGGAACAGUCUUACGGCAUCCCAUGUUGUCCUCUGCACCGGCGCUUUUACCGCCAAACUGCUCGAGCAAGCCGCACAGGCUAGUGGCAAGCCGGACAUCAGCGCUGGUGACCGAAUAAUAGCGGGUGGUAUUGCUACCGGCAUGACUACUUUGGACGAAAAGUCAUACGAGCGGUUUGCAAAGAUGCCUGUCGGCGUGCAGGGCUACAAUGUCGCAACAGGACCUUUCAUCGGAAGCCUGCCACCAACUCGCGAUCGCGAGCUUAAAUGGUGGGGUCAAAAGAUAUUCAAGAACACACAGAACAUCCUCGGUCGUCAGAUCUCUGCACCACCAAAUGAGCCAGAUUAUGCGCAGUGGAAGGUGUCGGGUCCGCUGAAGCAGGACAUUGCACAUGCGAACAAUGUAUUUUACGGCAAGAAUGGUGCAAACUGGAAAAUGGAGAAGCACCGUAUUUGCUGGGAUGCAUUUACUUCCUCCUCUGACUUCAUAAUCUCCCCGCACGCUGCUGCGCAAGGCCUAUAUGUUGCUACAUGUGGCUCCUUCCACGGUUAUAAGUUCUUUCCAGUACUUGGCAAAUACAUUACACAGAUGCUGGAGGGCACCCUAGAACCAGAGUUGCAAGCUAAAUGGGGAUGGGAUGCAAAGAGGCCGGCGGCAGAGACAAAUCCCGAUUUCCCUCGCUUUGAGAUGAAUGACUUGUUAGAUUCAAAAGCGAGGUUGUAGCGCCACAGCAUAGCGUAUAGUCGUUUUGGGAAGGACGGCGUUCUGAUAUUUUGUAUUGCAUACUACCGUCAUUAGAAUAUAGCUGAUAGACUCUUAACAUGUCUAUAGCAGUUCUGAGGAAUAUAAUGAUCUCUCGAUACUUUUU